AUGGUUCAAAACUACAUGGGUGAUAUGGAUUCCACCAUGUUCAUGAUGUCUACAAACUCAUUCCAAAAUUUUUAUGAAAAACAAUUUAUGCAAGACGGGAACCUAGGAAAUAAUCAGUAUAAGAUCGAUGAAGCUCUUUCAGCGAUCUCAUUUCAACAACUAAAUAAUCCCGCGCUGACGAUGAUUCUUACAAAUAUCUUAACUCAGUCAAAGGAUACAGAUAAAACUUACAAAGCUAACAGAAUUUGCAGAGAUCUCCAAGCAAUAUCACCUGAGAAAAAUGCGUUGGUCUGGGAUCUUUUCGAGAAGAUAAUUGUUUGGGCAGCAAAUUCUUUAAAGGCGUCUUUCUCUUUAGUUCUUGAAGUUUUCCUCUCCAAAUGCCUGUCUUGGAUGACUGAAAACAAUUCCUAUCAGAGAUACGCCGGCUAUCGUCUAUUUAGCACAUUAUUUAAAUUUUUCCCUGCUUCUUUAGAGAGCAACAUCAACCACUACCGCACAUUAAUUACAAAAUUCUUUAAGUCUGAUGAAACUGAGUAUUAUCCAGUCGUAUUAGAUGCUCUAAGAACUUUAAUGGAUUAUGAUAAGACCACGCACAACGAAGUUAUUCAAUUGCUUUGCAAGCCAUUCAAGUCUGGCAAAGCUGUCAAAUUCCCUGGCGUUUGCAUCGCUUUAUGGAUGAUUCUUGAGAGAUAUCCAGACGAUAAAAUCCAUUUUAGCAUCUCUUCAUUGCCAAUGGACACAUUUUUCGGAAAAGAACUUAAUCUUAAGCUCGCGACCGUACCAGCUCUCCCUAUUUUGAUUAGAGUUGCCCCAGAUUUAUUUACAGAUGAAUUAAUCAACAACAUUUUCAAGACAUUUGAACCCCUACUCAAGAAGAAAGCUAUAAUGAGAAACGAAGUCCUCCUUGACUUCUCGCGCUUUAUUUUCUUUGGCGGAAUCAAAAAAGAUGACGAUAUAAUUUCCAACAUCAAGAAAUGUCGUAAGGAAAUUUACGAAGCUGUUGAUAGUCCUGAAGCUGCUGCUGCACUUCUUGCCUGCGAUAUCUAUUGCCAGGAUUUCAUUACAGCUGAUACUAACAGAAUUUACAGUCAAUUGCACUCUCUCAUCCUUUCAUCUUCACUUAAAUGCUUCCUUGAAGUCUGUCCAUCAUUUUCAGAUACCGUUUAUCGAAACGUCUUAAUUUUUGGAAAUGAUAUUCUUCUCAACAUUUCAUCUCCACCAGACAAAAUCGCAGCUUUGUUCAACGUUUUUGUCGAUCUCAACAUUCCUUCUUCAAAUCUCUCGCCUGCUCUGAUUUUAGAAUAUUCAAACCACUUAAGUUCGCAAUCGAAAGAAGUUAGACUGACAUGCUUCAGAUAUUUGCUUAAAUACAAUAACGAUAAUCCAUCAACGGAGGUAAUGCAUCGCAUCUUUACAAGUAUUUCUACAGAACAAGACAAAGAAACUCGUCUUGAAAUCUUAUCAAAUGUUAAUGUCAAGGUUGCUGAUAAUGCUAUUAUUCUUGCGAUUCAACAACUCUUACACGACCUCGAUUCAUCCGUCAGAAGGUUAUCUUUCGAAAUUAUGGUCAAACUUGCCAACUACGAAGCUGUUCCUCCAAUCCUUUCUUCAAUACUUUCAGAACGUCUGAAAUAUCUGCAAAAUGCUCCUGAAAUUUUAAAGGAGAAUAUUUUACCUUUCAGUGUUGUUGCGAACGCUGCAUUUUCUGAACCUCCACAAGUAUACUCUGCAAAUUGCCGUCAAGUUUUCGUUCCUUUCUCCCAAUUCUUGACGAAAUUUUUAUUAUCCUCAAAGAAACGCCUUGAUUCUGUUUCUUUACAACUCCUUACCCACUUAGUUACAAAUUUAUCCGAUGAAAUUAAUAUCGAUUUACUUGUCCAACAUAUCGAAGCCUCAUUAUUACCUCACUCCUCAAUGGGACGUCUCAGUGCAGCUCUAAAUCUCAUGUAUGCAGCCCUUAAGUUCACUACUCUUAGGCACAACCUCAUAGAAGACCAUUCCAGCUUACUUGCGAAAUACAUGACGAUUACGAACAUGCCAAAGACAGCUGUCGAUCGUAAAGUACUUUUGAAAGUGUUAGGAUUGAUCGGUGCUCCGAAGCCAUCCCUCGUUAUCAACUGGCUGAAGAAGAAAGAAAAGACAGAAUCAUCAAACACAGUCACUUCACCAAACAUUUUCAUUUCAAAAUCUGCCAGCAAUGAUCCAGAUCAAUCUUUACUUGUUGCAUCUAUUGGUAUUGGUCUUAUCAACAUCUUAGAUAUAUUAGGUGAUGAAUCAUUGGCUUCUUUGCACUCAUAUGCUAUUGAUUCUUUGAUCAAAUUCCUCAAGGUCAACAGAAGUCUCGAAGAAGAUUUCGAAUCACUCCUCAUGAUGAGAGUUAACGCAUUGCUCCAGUCAAGAGGUACUUCAACAACAUCUGUUUUGCUCUCAAAUAUGGCUACUUUGGUCACUUCACUUGGUGCAAGAUUUAAACCAUUAGUUCCACAAGUCAUUGAUUUGAUUUGCGAACAAUGGGGUAAAAUCGAUCCUGUAACUUUCACAAGAACAACAGAAUGGCUUGCCAUUUCUUUACCGAAAGUUUUCGUGAAUUAUCUUCCAAGAAUUGCACUUUUGUUCACAAAAGAUUUCGCAAUUCUCCAACCAAAGGCUGUUCACACAAUUCUCAGCUGCUUGGUAUCAUUUGGAACACUCCUAAACCAAGUUGAUCAUAUCAUCAUCCCACCAAUCUUGUCAUGGCUUUUGGAUAACGCAAUGAGCACAACAGAUGUCAUGCAGACAUUAAUUAGAUUCAAGCAAAUUUGCAUCUUAGCAGGAGGUGCAAAAUUCGCUGGUCCAAUUUUCUCGACGUUGAUUUCUGUCGUGAAAGCGAAUAAAGAUGUUCACAACCAAUGCCUUGAAAUCUUGUUCGUCAUCGCUUGCCAGAUGGGAACUCAAUUCGCUUUCCACAAAUCAUAUCUCCAAGAAGUAUUCGAUUUCUCGAAACACCAAGAUUUGUCAAUUGUCGCUGUUUUGUCUGAAAUCGGAACAAACUUCCCUCAGUCAAUUUUGGACAAAGUUUCUCCACAAAACUCAAAAAUCAGCAGAAGUGUAAGUACUCCAAAGAAUCAACUCUCCAACACUUCCAAACUUGAGAAAUUACCUGAUUUCACUAUUCCUUCAGCUAAUUAUUCAGAAUCUAACUGGAUCACAUGGUAUAAUGAAAUCUCUUCUAUCUGUUUCAACGAAUCUCCUUCAAAAUCAAUCUGCGCUUGCAUUUCUUUGGCUGAAAGACAUGCUCCUGUGCAUGAUUCUCUUUUCCCGAUUUCCUUUGCCAUUUACUAUUUCGCUGCCGAAGUCAAACAAGACGACAAGAUCCAACAGAUCAUGAAGACUGUUUUCAAGUCAACAUCAACACCUCGUCACAUCUUGAAACACUUCUUAGAUGUCAUUGAACUCAUCGAAGUUGUUGGUGCAAACAUUCCAAUUCCAAUCCAAAUUCUCAAGACACGUGCACAAGGUGUAAACAACACAGCACAAGCAUUGAGAUUUGCUGAGAAACUCUUCGAUGAAGGUGAUGAAGAAGUCUCAGAAGACUUGAUUGUCCUCAACCAGAUGCUUGGUCUUCCACUUGCUGCUAAUGGUAUCUUGAGAUGUUCUAAAGCAAGAGCAAAUAACCAACAAGAAGGAGAACUUUCAGAAAAACUUGGUUUGUGGAAUGAUGCUUUACAGAUGUACGAUGAAAAACUCAAAGAAGAUCCAAACAACCAGAGAUACAUCAUUGGAAGAUUGACAUGUCUCAACGAACUCGCCAGGUAUAAAGAUCUCAUGGAAGCUGUCAAAGAUGAUCCAAGAAACACUUAUUUCAUUGGUUCUGCCGCAUACAACUUGUUUGAUGAUCAAACAUUUAUGAGCGUUGCAAAGGAUAUCUCACCGAGAUCUCGCAUACCAAAUGAUUUAUUCUUCGCUUUGAUCUAUGCCAUCAAGACAAAGAAUUUCGAAAAUGCUUUGGAUAUCUUAGCUCGUUUGCAAGCAGCCAAAGUUGACAAAGUCUUUCCAAUGAUUUAUGAAGAUUACGAACGUGCUUACGAAGAUACUUCCAUGGUUUCGAUCACACAAGAAUUGUACGAAGUUAUUCAGUACAUGCAAGCUGCUGAUAGGGCAAUUCAGCCUAAUCCUUCUGAACAAUCAUUGGCCAAGAAGACAAUGGAAAGAAUUAAGAACAGAUGGCGUUAUAGAUUCAAAUUCCUUCCUGACAGACCAAAUGUUUUGUUCCAGCACAUCAGAGUCCAAUCAUUAGUUCUUCCUUAUGAAGGUCUCAGAGCUCAAUACUUGAGUUACUUGGAUUGCGCAAUCAGACAUGGAGAAUCUCACAUCUCAUUACUCGAAUCAACAUUGGAAGUUUUGAUGGGAACAGCUCCUGAUGACACUGAUCUCAGAUACGAUGCCGCCAGAUUGCUUUGGCUCAAAGGAAACAAAGCAUUGGCUUACAUCCACUUAGAAGGCAUCACAAGAGAAGGUGGAGAUACAGGAAUGGCUGAACUAACAUUAACUAAAUGGUUCAUGUCAGAAGGAAAGCUUCAACAAGCGGCUCAACACAUUGUUAAUGCCAUCAGAUUCAAUCCAAAUUCCGUUGAUUCAUGGAACACUUCAUCUCUUUUGUUCUUGGAGUAUUAUGAUGCAACAAAAGACGAGAGAUACAUCAUACAAGCCAUUGAUCAGGCUUUCAAUGCUUUGUGCUUCUCCGUUGAUGAUCCUUUGGCAUUUACAUUGAGAAUCUUGUCUUUGUUGUUCAACCACGAAAACCAAGGAAUUUACGACAUCUUCGAGCAAAGAAUUUCUUCAGUUCCUGUUCAAGUGUGGAUCGAUGUUUUGCCACAAAUCAUCGCCAGAGCAUCAACAGAAGACGACAGACUUCGCGAGAUCAUCUUCAAGCUGUUAGUUUCAGUUGGAAGAGAGUUCCCACAUGUUAUCUUGUCUCAGUUAAUGGUUCCUUACAGAGAUGACAAGACAAUCCGCCAAAAAGUUGCAGCCCAAACAUUCGAAGCAUUGACAUCAAUCUAUCCAGAUUUAGUCAGAGACAUGAUGUCAUUUACAGAUGAAAUGAUCAGAGUUGCUGUUACAUGGUGGGAGCAGUGGUUCGGCAUCUUGGAUGAAGCAUCUCGUGCUUAUCUUUUGAGAAAUGAUAUAAACGAGAUGUGCGAAUUAUUAGAACCACUCAAUGAAGUCAUUUCUAAAGAGCCAUCAACAUAUUUCGAAGUCUCCUUCUUAGCACAGUUCGGUUUGUCUUUGGCCAAUGCACAUUCCUGCAUCAAAGAAUACAGGAGAACUCAGAACGAACAAUGUGUUUUAUCUGCAUGGCAAACAUACUAUUCCGUUUACCAGGAUUUGAAGCCAAUGAUCAACUCAAUGUCUACAAUUCUUCUGGCAGAUGCAUCUCCAAUUCUCCACAAAUUCUCAUCAAAGAACAUCAUCGUUCCUGGCACAUUUUCUCAUGGAAAGCCUCUUGUUACUUUGUCAUCCAUCGCUCCAGAGUUAACUGUCAUGAAAUCCAAACAGAGACCAAGAAGAAUGAUCAUGUUUGGCGACGACGGAAAGAAAUACACUUUCUUGUUGAAGGCGCACGAAGACACAAGACUUGAUGAAAGAGUUAUGCAGCUGUUCGGCUUCAUCAACACUUUGGUUGAACACAGUGAUAUUCCAAUGAAGAAUCAUUUGGAUAUCACAACAUACAAAGUUAUUCCUCUCACAACAAGUGUUGGUUUGAUCGGUUGGGUCCAGGGAUGCUCAACAGUUUACGAUCAGAUCAAACAAAGACGUGAAAAGGCAGGAAUUCCACUUGAACUCGAAUGCCAGACAACAUACAAGGCUGCACCAAAUUACGAGCAAUUGCCUCUUGAUGAUAAAUUGUUCGCCUUCAAGAGAGGUCUCAACGCAACUAAAGGUGAUGAUCUCAAGAUUCUUUUGCUCGCACAAGCAAAUGAUUCGAACCAUUGGAUCGAGAGAAGAACUGCAUAUUCUACAUCUCUUGCGAUGACAUCAAUGGCCGGUUACAUUUUAGGUUUGGGAGACAGACAUCUUUGCAACAUCAUGAUCAAGCAAAAGAGUGCUAAACUUGUUCAUAUUGACUUCGGCGAUUGCUUCGAAGUUGCCCAGCACAGAGAGAAAGCCCCAGAAAAGGUUCCAUUCAGAUUAACAAGAAUUCUUUCAAACGCCCUUGAAGUAUCAAGAAUUGAAGGUACAUUCAGAUCAUGCUGCGAAAACGUCAUGAAUCUAAUGAGAUCUAACUCUGAAACAAUCAAUGGUAUCCUUGAAGUUUUUGUUUACGAUCCUCUUCAACAAUGGAUAGAAGAAUCAAAGGAUGAACACGGCGGUGACGCUAAAGUCAUCAUCAACAGAAUUAAAGAUAAAUUGUCAGGAAGAGACUUCCCAGAGAAGGAGAAGUUGACUUAUCAAGACCAAGUCGACAGAUUAAUCCAGGAAGCAACAGAUGCCAACAAUUUGUGUCAGAUGUUCAAGGGAUGGCAUCCAUGGUGGUAA